AUGGUAUUUUGGCUAAGUUUGAUAUUUUUCUUUUGCUUUCUCACAUUUGCUUCCCCAACUCCACCGGAUGAUCCGGUCAAGUGUGACUCAGGCAACUCCAUGUGCUCUGUGACGAACUCAUAUGGAGCCUUCCCUGACCGUUCUACAUGUGAAGCGGCAAAGGUGGAGUACCCUAAGACUGAGGCUGAGCUAAUCUCUAUCGUGGCUGCAGCAACUAAGGCCGGCCAAAAGAUGCGGGUCGUGACUCGUUACUCCCACAGCAUCCCGAAGCUUGCCUGCACUGACGGAAAGGAUGGGGUUCUCAUAAGCACCAAGUUCUUAAACAACGUUGUCAGAACCAAUCGGUACGCCAAAACUUUGACGGUUGAGAGCGGCGUAACACUAAGGCAGCUGAUCGAAGAAGCGGCUAAGUUAGAGCUGGCUUUGCCAUAUGCACCGUAUUGGUGGGGACUCACCGUUGGAGGACUAAUGGGGACCGGUGCUCAUGGAAGCUCGCUGUGGGGUAAAGGAAGUGCGGUUCAUGAUUACGUGAGCGAGAUAAGAAUGGUUAGUCCCGGUUUGGCGUCUGAUGGCUACGUAAAGGUCAGGGUUCUUAGCGAGACUAAAGACCCUGAGGAGUUCCGUGCGGCCAAAGUUUCUCUAGGCGUUCUUGGUGUUGUCUCUCAAGUAACCUUCGAGUUGCAACCUAUGUUCAAGAGAUCGUUAACGUACGUUAUGCAAAACGAUUCGGAUUUUGAAGAUCAAGCAGUGACGUUUGGGGAAAAGCAUGAGUUUGCAGAUUUCUUAUGGCUACCGAGCCAAGGCAAAGUGGUGUAUCGAAUGGACGAUCGAGUCCCGCUCAACACUUCAGGCAAUGGCUUGUUCGAAUUUUUCCCAUUCCGUUCACAACUCUCGGCAACGUUAGCCAUCAUCAGAUCAUUAGAGGAGAGUGAAGAGUCAUCAGGAGAUGCAACUAAGACGUGUGUGAGUGCAGAGGGAAUAACAUCGUUUUUGUUUGCACUCUCAUACGGUCUGACUAAUAAUGGUACGACAUUCACAGGCUAUCCGGUAAUAGGAAGGCAAAACCGUAUGAUGUCGUCCGGUACAUGUCUUGACAGUCACCAAGACGGACUGAACACAUCUUGUCCAUGGGAUCCACGGGUAAAAGGCGAGUUCUUUCACCAAACAACAUUCAGUGUUCCACUCACAUUUGUCAAAAGCUUCAUCAAUGACAUCAAAGCACUAGUAAAGAUUGAACCAAAAGCUCUCUGCGUCCUUGAGCGCAGCAACGGCAUUCUCAUCCGGUAUGUCACGUACUCUACUGCUUUCCUUGGGAAAGAAGAAAAAGCUUUAGAUUUUGACCUAACUUACUACCGAAGCAAAGAUGAUCCCUUGGCACCGCGUCUAUACGAGGAUUUCAUCGAAGAGAUCGAACAAAUGGCGAUAUUCAAGUACAACGCGUUGCCGCACUGGGGGAAGAAUAGGAACAUAGCGUUCAAUGGCGUGAUUUACAAGUACAAGAACGCGAACACGUUUUUGAAAGUGAAAGAGAGAUUCGAUUCUUUAGGGUUGUUUUCGACCGCAUGGACUAAUCAAAUUCUAGGUUUAAAAGGAAACGUGACGAUUGUGAAAGAAGGAUGUGCAUUGGAAGGACUCUGUGUUUGUUCAGAUGAUGCUCAUUGUGCUCCCGACAAAGGUUACUUGUGUCGUCCAGGUAAAGUUUAUACAAAGGCUAGAGUUUGUACUCGAGUACAUGCCUAA